AUGGCUCACCCUUUCGUUGCCAGCUCCCAUCUUCUUCAUCGUUCAUUUGCCCAUAAGCCUGAAAAGGUGGUUUCUGCUUCAGGCGUCUCCUUGUUCCUCGAAUCUGGCCGUGAAGUCCUCGAUGCAUCCGCUGGGUCAGCUGUAUCAUGCCUUGGAUUUGGUCGUCCUGAGAUUGCGCAAGUGGUGACAACUCAGAUAAAUCAGCUUGCCUAUCUCUACUCUGGUGCGCGAUUCACCUGCGAUGCAACAGAAGAUCUCGCAUCGAUGCUUCUGCAAGGAGAACCAGGUGGCUUGUCCAAGGCCAUCUUUGUUAAUUCCGGAAGCGAAGCUACUGAUGCUGCCAUAAAGCUGGCGACACAGUACUGGUGCGAACGUGGAAUGCCCGAGAAGUGCCAUGUCAUUAGUAGAAAACAGAGUUAUCAUGGUAACACAAUUGGAGCGCUAUGCAUAUCUGGCCAUGACUCCUGUCGGGCUAUGUAUCGUCCCUGGUUAUCGCAAAAUGUCAGUUUCGUCGAUCCCUGCUUCCCAUACCGACUCAAAGGAGAUGAAUCCGAUGGAUCCUAUGUCAAACGACUGGCGGAUCAAAACUCUGGCGCGCCGGCUGACCUGAUGAAGAUCAUGUGCGGUAUGGAAAAGACAGGUACGAUGCAUGCCUGGGAACAAGAAGGUAUCUCUGGACCCGACAUCCAGAUGAUAGGUAAAGCUCUGGGCGGAGGCUUCAUACCAUUAUCCGGGGUUUUGCCCCGCAGCAAGAUCUUUGACGCUAUCGCUGAAGGAUCAGGGGGGGCUCAUCCGGUCGCUUGCGCUGCGGCUCUUGAGGUUCAACGGAUCAUACGAGACGAGCGUGUGCUAACAAAUGUCCAGAAAAUGGGUACAGAGCUGGAGCGUUUGCUCAGGGAUCACAUUGGACCGUUGGAGUCUGUCGGUGAUAUUCGUGGACGAGGUCUAUUCUGGGCUGUCGAGUUUUUCCAGGAUCGUCAGCGCAAGACACCCUUUCCAGCCAGGGAAGUACAUGUCGACCAUGUCAUAAUGUCUCCGCCUUAUGUGGUAACUGAGUCUGAGUUGGAGCGGAUGGUUGGUAUUCUCCGAACAGCUAUCCAGGCUGUCGUCUCCGAGGUAGAGGAAAGCCAACAGGGGAAUAUAAACGGAACCCAGGCGAAGAUGUCAUCAGAAUGA